CAGCAUUGUCAAGCGAAGAAAUAAAAUGGAGAAUUCUGUGUGAUUGUUAUUUUGCACAACAGUACAGAAGCUGUUGUCAAAAAGUGUUUUUCCGACGCGUUUUGCUACGAUUGGGCAGCUUAUUUUCAUCGCAACUACCCGCCAGACAUCAAUCCGCGGCCAUUAUUUGCGUUCGCGGCUUCAUUUAGGCGUUCUACAACGUGUCGCCCUGGAAACGCCAAAAGCCCCCCUUCCCCCUCGAAUGAAAGAGAUUUUGUGAAAGAAAAUUCUCUGAAAAACGAUCAUCCGUCUGGAUGCAGGUGCUCCAAAGUGGUGUUAAUCUUUCCCUUGCCGAAUUUGCAGUUUCCGGUCAAGUGUUGCAAACAAAUCAAGUGUCCGCUUUCCUUGCAACGGUACGCACGACUGUGUUUAUGUAUUUAUCCCCCACGCCGAUUUGUGUGCUUGAGCGGGGGUGAAUAAGACGGGUGGGAAGUGCAAGCAUAAGAAGUGGCACACAAAACAUACAAUCACCCACCCAUACGUCGUUCUACACCUCGUGUCCAGCAUGGAAAUCGAAACACCAGUCGCGUGCAGCUGCAACAAACACCCCCAUCGGUGGUAAUGUUACCGCCGUGAUGAUAAACGAAUGAUGCAUUACCACGUUGCAUCCCGGAAUACGGUCGAAAAGUUGGUGAAUAUAAGACAAUAUAGGCGUUGCUGGAUGGCGUGCGUCAAUGCGUGCGCGUACGGUAAGAAUAUCGCAGUCAGUGUUUAGGAUGCAAUGGCGGUAGAAAGUGUUUCCUGUUUUAAUGAUGCCAGCAUAUCCGGUGUGGACGAAGUGGGGAUAAAACAAACGAAAAAUGAUACAUGUGAUGUGAAGUAAGAACGAUCCACGGAAACAGCAAAAAAAAGAAAGAAAACAAAACUCGUAAGAUAAAUAACAGUGGGUGUCGAGUGCGAAUCCAGUCGAAUUUAAAGUGUUGUCGUUUACCGGGCUUCGUACAUCCAGUCUUUAUUCAUCCAUCCAUCGGUAAAAAAAACACACCUUCGUUCAGAUCUGGUGGUCUCACCAACAGCGCGCACUGAUACAAUUUCAGUGGAUGGGAAAAGGAUCAACGCUAAUCCACGGACCAGAAUGAAGGAGAUGGUCGGUGGAUGUUGUGUCUGUUCAGACGAUCGCGGCUGGUCGGAAAAUCCGCUAGUGUACUGCGAUGGUCAAAGUUGUGCUGUGGCCGUGCACCAGGCGUGCUACGGAAUCGUAACCGUACCGAGUGGACCUUGGUACUGUCGGAAGUGUGAAAGUCAGGAGCGUUCGGCUCGGGUCCGUUGCGAACUGUGUCCGUCGCGUGAUGGGGCGCUCAAGCGAACGGAUAACCAGGGAUGGGCGCAUGUUGUCUGCGCGCUGUACAUUCCCGAGGUGCGCUUCGGCAACGUGACGACGAUGGAACCGAUCAUCCUGCAGCUGAUCCCGCAGGAGCGAUAUAACAAGACAUGUUACAUCUGCCAAGAGGUGGGUAAAGGAUCCCGCGCAAAUGUAGGAGCCUGCAUGCAGUGUAACAAAUCGGGCUGUAAGCAACAGUUUCAUGUCACCUGCGCCCAGCAGUUGGGUUUGCUGUGCGAGGAAGCCGGCAACUAUUUGGACAAUGUCAAAUAUUGCGGUUACUGUCAGCAUCACUACAGCAAAUUGAAAAAAGGAGGCAACGUUAAAACGAUUCCACCGUACAAACCCAUCAGCCACGAAGCUAACUCAAGCGAUGGGCAAUCGUCGCCGGAGAAAGAAAUGGAACCACCGUCAACGCAACCACACUCGAGCGCCAGCGCCGCAGGUUCGAGCGGAACGGGCGGCAGUGGUAGCGGUACAGGUGGAGGUAGCAGCUCGAGCAGUGGGCUUAAAUCCAGCAGCCGACUAUCCGGUGAACCGAACGUUGGUGGUUCAUCGUCUACCUCCUCCUCUUCGUCUUCGUCAUCAUCCAAGCAGCGAAAGUCUUCGAGUGCUUCGAAAAGCUCGAGCGGUUCCAGCUCUAACCCAUCGCUUUCGUCGUCGUCCUCGAUACAAACUGCCGGUGGAGGUGGUUCCAGUAGUGGACCCGGUAUGUCCAGUUCUUCAUCGAUGUCGGCAUUAUCUUCGACGGCUUCGUCGGCUUCGUCAGGUAUCUCAAGCAUGUCCGGAAGCGGAAGCAUCGACGAUCGACGCGUCAGCAAUAGUAGCAGCGGAAUCAGUGGUUCUGGCGUAACUGGCAGCGUUAGCAGUAGUGGAAGUUCAAGCAAGAGCAGUUCCGGUUCGUCCGGUGGAACUGGUGGAAGUGGUAAUUCGAGCAAUACCUCGAAGGAAAAGGAUAAAUACAGCAAAAGUCGCGACAAAAGCUCCAAGUCAUCGAAAUCAUCAAGCAGCAGUGGUGGUAACAGUGGCACGAGUGGAGGCAAUGCAGGCAAUUUUAACAAUAGUACAAGUACCAGUAACAGUUCUGUCGGUGGAAGUUCGAAUCAGUCGAAAGAUGCUGAUAUGGGUGCAGCAUCCGGAUCGUCUUCCGGCACGAUCGGAUCGCUUGGUUCGAGUUCGUCCUCGCAAUCCCUAUCGCAAAGCGGAUACUCGUCGACCGCUGGCGGUGGCGGAAACGCGGCCGGAAGCGGUGGUCCGAACAGCUCCACCAAACAUCACUCGGAUAAGUCGGAUAAAGGCAGCAACAGUCAAGGGGGUCAAUCGCUAUCUAACAGCGCUAGUGCCGGAUCGGGACGGGCCGCUUCUUUAUCACCUCCAAGCACGCUAAUAAUUAAGCCACCGCUGGACCAUCUCGGUGGCGGCGGAAAAGAACAAAUGUCAAAGGAAGCAAUUGCUAAACUAAGCACAUCAAGCAACUUCACCGAAACGAUCGUGGUCAAUUCGGAAUCAGUGUACAAUCAUGUUGGUUCCACCGGGAAUGCUGGUUCCACGUCCGUAAUCGAAAGCGGCAAACUAGCAAUGGGAACGGGAUCUGGAGGUGCCUCUAGUGGUUCGUAUGGUAGUAGCAGCACCGGCAGCGGAUCCACGACCGGGAGUACUAGCGGCGGUAAGAAACGAAAGGCCGAUGCACGCUCCACACCAACUUCUACGGCCGCAAGCAAUGAGAUGGAGUCUAACCGUGACCUGAUAAGGGAUGUCGCAGUAUCGUUAGUGCCAUUGUCGCUGAAUAAAAACGAUCAUAUUGAUCCUUCGUCGAUUGUAGGACAUGAGAAAAAUGUGAAAAAGGCGAAAACCGAAACCAGCUCCUCGCUGCAACAUCCGACAACGGCGGCGGCAGCAGCGUCCGGGUCCGCUCCGGAAACGAAUCUGCAGAAUGUUGCACCAAACCUCAUCCAAUCGGCGCACACAUCGAGCAUUAUCUCAUCAUCAUCAUCCAGCACCGGAAAGCAUCAGCAGCAGCAGCAGCAACAACAGCAUCAACAGCAAACGCCUCACUCGCCUCAGCAGCCAUCAUCGCACACACCGAGCCUGGUGGUGUCGGUACCACUGUCGACGGCUACCGUACCUGGAGUUAAUCUACCCGCUAGCAACAGUAGUAAUAGCAGUAGCAGCAACGUUAAUCAUAGCGCUAGUCUUAGCAGCAGCAACAGUAGCAACAACAGUACCCCAAACAUUGUAUCACCAGGACAGUUGGGCAGCAACAGCGGCAACACUGGCAGUGGGAACAGUAGUAACAUCAGUAACGCUGGAGGCAACCUGUUCCAACAGCUUUCACACCGGGCGAGUGAUCAGUUGAUGAAUGCCAGCACGAACCGCUCUAGUCCCGUGAUACAGCAGCAAACGACGGCACAGAAUAUUAUACAGUCGUCUUCCACCUCAUCCGCUGCCGGUUCUUCGUCCACACCGAUCGGGCACCAUCAUCUCGAACGGCAAUCGCCAUCGAUGCGAUCGUCACCGGCCGGAUUGGCAACCGGUGGCGCCAAUGUUAUAACCUCUCUGCAUCACAGUCAAUCGCAGCAGUCGGAUCUGCUGUCACCGGCCGGUACUGCACCGGGCGGCAGUUCCGUGCUGCAAAGUAUUUCACCCGUCCCGAUGAGUACGAUCCAACGUACCUCCUCGCCGUCGACGCUGUUGGGCGGUGAUAACAGUAACAGUAGCAGCGGUGGACUAAAGUUUAGCUACGAAAAGCAACCGCCUACGACGAAUGCACGGAUAGCGGCCCUGCAGGAAGAAGAAUCUUCUACCGGUCGGCGAUCCAGGUACGGAUCACACUCGAGAGAGCGCAGUGGAGGCAAUGGUAGUAACAACACUACUGGCACUACCACCAGUGGAGCUGGUAGCGGCAGUGGUGGUGGUGGCAGCGCCGGUGGUGGUAGUAGCGGUGGUAGUGGUGGUGGAAAAACUCGUACAUCUAAGAAGCGAUCGCAACAGCAGUCACAACAGGCGCAGUUACCACCAGAUCGAGGAUCACCUUCGAUCGUGGUAGAAUCUUCCUCCCAUAGAGGAACCAAUCGAAACCAUUCAUCUCCAUCGCGACCUCCGUCGCACGAUAGUGGCGGUCAGCCAUAUCCGUAUGGGCUAGUGGAUCGCAACACCGACGAUCACCAUGUAUCGCAAUAUCAUCAGUCAUCUACGGGUGGAAGUAAUGCACCACCGGCGGGCGGCAAUAAUGCCAGCAAUAAUGGCAGCGUGCUGUCCAUGGCCGCUGGAACCGGAUCGGCAACUGCGUCGGUUGUUGUGGGGAAUUCGUCCACACAGAAUAACCAUCAUCAUCAUCACCAACAUCUGGCACAGCAUCAUCAACAGCAACAACACUCUCAUCACCAUCACCACCAUCAGCAGCAGCAGCAGCACCAUCAUCAUCAACAUCACCACCAUUCGCAGCAUCAACAGCAACAAACGGUCCAGGCCGCGUCGAUCGGCGAAAAGCUUUCCUCGGGCGGUGGAUCAGUCGCUUCGCUUCCCUACUCCACCGGCCACGCUGCCCAGUCUUCUCAGCACUCUGCUAGUGCAAAUGCAAACAGCAACGCUUCCAAUGCCACAUCCACCAUCUCAUCUGUCGCUUCUUCUGCCGGUGUUGCUGCUGCCGCUUCUGUUGCUAAUGCUUCAAAUGCUCCAAUGUCUUCUACUUCUUCUUCUUCUACUCACUCUAACAACUCCUCCACUACUGCUGUUGCGUCCGCCAGGGUCGAUACUGGAGCUUCCUCCGGUGUACAUCCGGUCAUUGAAAUGGCGGGCCAUAGUGGAUCACAUGCGUAUCACGGCGGUGGUAGUGGAAUCAUUUCCGGCUACUCUCACGCCUCUAGUACAAGCAGCAGCGCUACAGCUGGCGCCGGCAAAUCUAACCAGAGCUCCAAUAAUAGCAGCAACAGCACAGCAGACAACUUUCAUCAGCAUCCUCACCAACAGUAUCAUCAUGGCGGUGGUUCCGGUUCGCACGGUGUACUAACGACUGGUGCCUCCGUCGGGGGCGGCGGUAAUAACAUCAGCAGCAGUAGUAACAGCAACAACAGUGUGAACAGUAGUAUUAGUAAUAGUAGCAACAGUAACAGCAGUAUCCUUAGUAGCAAUAAUAACACCUCCACCAUCACCACCACAAGCAGUAGCACUAGUGGCAACAGUAACAGCAAAAACACCACCAUCAUCAGUAGCAAUAGCGGCAACAUGAGCGGCACCAACUCGAACAGUAACACUAACAGCACCGGAAACAACCAUAAUCUAUCUAACAGUAGCAGCAGUACCAUCGUAACAGCGGUUACCCAUCCGAACAAAAAGCACCGAGGGGCUUCGCAUCAUCAAACAAUCGUUGAACUUUCGCCAUCACCAUCUACUUCCAGAACGCCAGAAAUGAUCGUAUCCAGUGGUGCAUCCUACAGCCUGAGCUCAACAUUGACGGCGUCUUCUUCCUCCUCCUCUUCCCUGUAUGGUAGUGCGGGAGGUGGUAGUGGAGGAGGAGGAGGUUUGAAGUUCUCAUACGAAGCGCAACCAACGAAUCCGUUGGCGGCCGUAUCUACCGCCUCCAUGAUCGGCAAUAGCGGCAGCAGUAGUAGCGUUAUUGCCGUCCCACAAGUCAAGGAUUCGCCACCGAGUUCUCCCGGAUCUGAUGCGGGUGGUGGCCCAUCCGGCACUGCGAUCGUUAGUGGUCGUGGCACGAAGCGUAACCGUAAGAUGUCCUCUAAUGCUGGACCGGGUGCUGUGACGACGGCUGCGGGCACAGGGCCAACGAUUGUACCAGCGUCCAUAGUGGCCGGUGGCGCAAUAAACGAUGCGAAGGAUGGUAAAUUGUUUCAGAACGGUGGUAGCAGUGCCGUCGGCGGUGGUUCGAUCGUAUCCGCCACCCAUAUGCUAGGCAAUCAGCUGAAUCCGAGCAGCAGCGUGGCACAGAAAAUGUCUGACCAGCUGAGCAUGGAGAUCGAGGCGCAUACGUAUGUACCCGGUCCUAUCGAUUCCGGACCAUCGUUAAUGGGACCACAGUUCCCGGGCAAGAAUCGCACAAACAAUCCGCAACCGGUAAUGCCGGUUGGUGGUGGCGGCAACUCGUUAAGCUCCAUGCUAACGGGCGGUGGUACGGCGACGGCGAAUGGAAACACUCCGCAAAGCUUGGAACAGCUGCUGGAGCGGCAAUGGGAACAAGGAUCUCAGUUUCUUAUGGAACAAGCGCAACACUUCGACAUUGCCUCUCUGCUUUCCUGUCUUCAUCAGCUGCGAAGUGAAAACAUCCGCUUGGAAGAGCACGUUAAUAAUUUGGUCGCACGAAGAGAUCACCUGCUGGCGGUAAAUGCUCGGUUAGCAAUACCGCUCAACCCGACGGCCGCCCUCGGCGGUGUUGGCAUUAUCGGUGGAUCGGGUGGUACCGGCCCGGGCGGUGGAGGAGCAUCCGUCGGUGGUGCUGGUAUCGGCCCAGCUCAAGGACAAUUUAACAACAUUCAUGGUAAUGGUCCGAUCGAUGCAAACGUGAUCACCAACGCCGCAACAAUCUCGAGCCGAUCUAGCCGGGGGCAGCACGGACCGAAUCAACCGCCCGGCCAGGGUUCCGCCAGUCACUUUGGUUCCGGCGCGGGCAGCAACGCAGGCGGACUGCCCCAGGAAAAUGGUAUCGAUUUUCGGCACACCAACUCCUCCCAUUCGGCCACAAAUAGUGCUUCGAUAAGGCGUAAUUCACCUUCCAACCAGCCGUACCCACCCUCGGCAGGGGUUGGUGGAACCUCACGGGGAUCGGCCACAACAUCAUCAGCCUCGUCCAACAGCACGCCCGGCAGUGGAGGAGCUAACGAAGCGCUCCCUUCUACCGUUACGGUGCGUAGUAACACGAUGCGAUCAACAUCCGGAUCGGGUAGCGUGUCCAUCGCGAACAGCAGCAGUAGUAACAGUAACAGUGCCACCAUUUCCACCGGCAAUGGCCCAACGGCUGGCAGCCUGACCAACAGUUCCACCGGUGCGGGAACGUAUCAGGCCGCGCGUGAACAGCAACAAACGAUCUACAACACUGCACACCAGCCAACACACCAAUUACGCCGAGACGAUAUACCGCUCUUGCUCGAACACCAUCAGCAGGAACAUUUGCAUCAUCACCACCAUCACCCACUCCACCCCCAGCAACAUCCGCCAUCAUCUGCUCUUCCACAUCCUGCUCCACCACAUCCUCUUCCUUCCACACAAGCUUCUACGCAUCUUCAUCCACUACCACCACUAGCAGCGUCGGCGCAACAGGCUCCGCAAGGACAUACGCAACAGAACCACCAUCAUCAGCAAACGCUACCGAACAACAGCAGUAUUAUGUCACAAUCAAACCCACCAUCGUCCCAUCAGCAGGUAACGGUGGGUCGCGUAGUGGCACCGGUCACCAGCUCGGCAAGGAUCACUACCACAAGCCACGUACCAGCGUCACAGCAUCCGCGAACCGGUUCCAAUCAUCUGCAUCAUCAUCAGCAGCAGCAUCACUAUGCACCUCAUCCUUAUAUGCAACACCAACACGGGAAUCAUCUGCAGCACAGGCCGACGUCCCCGCCAAUACCACCCGCAAACGUCAACGUGAUGGCACACCAUCACGCACCGAUGAAUUCACACGACGGGCCGACAACCGGGCGGGGACCAGCUAUCCCUACACCACCGCCUCCACCACCAGCACCAUCCCAACCGGCAGUGGACCAACGGAUGGUUCACUCCCAACGGCCGCCAGCUCACUGAGACGGUGCGCACAGGUGGUAAGCUUCAUCGAUCGAUUCAUACAGACGACGAACAAAUGCCGUCGUGUCGGUACGGCGGUCAGUACAGUUCCCGCCCAGGCUGGUCCGUGUUGGCGUCGUGCCGGUGAAAAGUACAAAGAUUUUUCCAUCGAUUUUAUAUUGGGAGCCGGACGACCUGCGGUCGGAAUGUCCUCCCUUACGCAAUAUCGUAGCACGAUGAUGGUUGGCAGCUCUAGCAGCGACGAUCAGGACGAUGAAGAUGAUGAUGAAGAUGAGGAUGAGUACGAUAACGAUGGCGAUGAUGAGACAGAUGACGAUGAUGAUGAUGUUGAUUAUGAUAAUGAGAGUUAAAAGUCGCACGAUUGGAUAUUGUUUUUUUUUAACUACUUAAUAGACGGUGCUUAUCUGCUGUUAGGGUUUGAAUGCGUUUAAUGAGAAAGUAUCAUAUUUAUACACUUCCUGUAAAAUGAUACCGACAAUGGAUAAAACUAUUCUACUUACUUCGGAGCUACCUUCGAAGCUUGCUCUCUCACUCUCUUUCCCUCUAUCUAGUCGAUAAGGAUCGGUUUUACAAGGAGUUACAAUAUUUAACAUGCUGUACAUAGAACUAUACAGAAUGGUUAAAGAUGGGCACGCUAACUGAGAAAAAUCUCGGACAGUGUUAAGUCAUGCAGAUCGGUAAGGAGUCGAAAUUUACCGGCCUGUCUGGGAAGUCGUGCGAUUGAACGAUCAUGCAGCAUAGUUGGCAACAUACCUGUACAGUGCGUGUAUCCGACGGUCGGUAAAGCCAAAUAAGAAAAAAAAAGGACUAGAGACAAUGUCGUCACGUAUCUUAAAGCACAUUAUUGUACGAAUUUUAAAACAAAACUUAGAAACAGAGCCGAGGGUGUCGUUUUAUUUUGGAUGCGUCCCCAUAAUGUUUGGCUUUCAACUCAUUCUACGCCCCUGCCCACAUCUGCCAGAGUGCUAUACUUUGGUUGUUAUGUUAGAAUCGUUCCGAAGGUGAAGGAACUGAAGGUUCCGAAGCCAGUGGACGAAAUAAUGAAAGUAAACACUCAGGUACUCCACAACAGAGAAAGCAAACGCUCGUAAUAAAGUUCAUAUAUUAACGAUAUGCAAUAUGCAAUAGAGAGACUGUAGAAGAAAAGAAAAGGUACAACAGUAAACAAAACAAACAAACAUAAAACACACACACACAACCAGUGAAACAUAUUAAAAGACUUGCUAAUCUCAGUCGGGAAGUUUUGAUCCUUUGCUGUCAUGACGUUGGGUCGAUUUGCUUGUGGUUUAGUUUUUGGAACCAUUUAACCUCACCGGGAAGAUACCCUUUCCUAUGAUUACUGCUCGUGGUAAAUUUCUUUAUCACUUGUUCUUAUCCUUCUGUUCCGUCUCUUAUAUUAUACUUCCAAGGUUUUGUCUAUUUACAAAGUGAGUUUUUCACCCCUUACUUGCGAAGCCUAUUUCGCGGUCUAUAGAGAGGGCCAAAUGUGUAGAGCAUUAAUGCGAAGUAACGAACACAAAUAAAUUACGAGACCUGCAAGUAAGCUACGAUAUUUAAAAACAAAAAAAAUCUCU